CUCUCGCAAGCAGUGUGAGACCGAGGAAAGAUGGAGGCAUUGAAUAAACUAAAACAGUUUGACGCCUAUCCUAAAACUCUAGAGGAUUUUAGAAUUAAGACAUGUGGCGGAGCCACGGUAACUAUCAUUAGCGGCCUGAUCAUGUUGAUCCUGUUUUUCUCAGAGUUGCAGUAUUAUCUCACUAAGGAGGUCCAUCCAGAGUUGUACGUGGAUACGUCACGUGGUGAUAAGCUGAAAAUCAACAUUGAUGUCAUAUUCCCUCAUAUGCCAUGUGCAUACCUCAGUAUCGAUGCCAUGGAUGUGGCCGGAGAGCAGCAGUUAGAUGUCGAACACAACCUAUUCAAACAAAGACUGGAUAAGGAAGGCAAACCUGUCACGUCUGAGGCGGAGAAGCAUGAACUGGGGAAUGAUGAGGGAGAGGUCUUUGAUCCCAGCAAGCUGGACCCUGACCGCUGUGAGAGCUGUUACGGAGCUGAGACCGAAGACCUAAAGUGCUGUAACUCCUGUGAUGAUGUGCGGGAGGCAUACCGGCGGAGGGGCUGGGCGUUUAAGAACCCAGACACCAUCGAGCAGUGCAAAAGAGAGGGCUUCAGCCAAAAGAUGCAGGAGCAGAAGAAUGAGGGUUGUCAGGUGUAUGGCUUCUUGGAGGUCAACAAGGUGGCAGGAAAUUUCCAUUUUGCCCCCGGCAAGAGUUUCCAGCAGUCCCAUGUUCAUGUGCACGCUGUGGAAAUUCAUGAUCUACAGAGUUUUGGCCUAGACAAUAUCAACAUGACUCACUACAUCAAACACCUCUCCUUUGGGAAGGACUACCCAGGCAUUGUCAAUCCCUUGGAUGGAACAGACGUUGCUGCCCCACAAGCGUCCAUGAUGUACCAGUAUUUUGUGAAGAUAGUACCAACAAUCUACGUCAAGGGAGAUGGAGAGGUGGUGAAAACAAAUCAGUUCUCUGUGACUCGACAUGAGAAGGUGGCCAAUGGAUUGAUUGGGGACCAGGGCUUGCCGGGGGUGUUUGUGCUGUAUGAACUCUCCCCCAUGAUGGUCAAGUUCACAGAGAAACAGAGGUCCUUCACCCAUUUUCUGACAGGAGUGUGUGCCAUCAUUGGUGGAGUAUUCACAGUGGCUGGGCUAAUUGACUCUUUGAUAUACCAUUCGGCACGGGCCAUCCAGAAGAAAAUUGAACUGGGGAAGGCAUCUUAGUUGGAACAGCCUUCAGUUGUCGCUGCAGCUGUGAACUAAGUACCUCAGCCUUCAGCCAGCUCCACCUGUGAGGGAAGAAGCUAGAUGAGCAGACAGACUGACAGAUUCACAGCUUCCUCAUGUGCAGACAAAACAAAAACCCAACAACACCACCUCCCUCAAUCCCAAAGGCACUGUCUCUGUGCCUCUCUGUCGCCCCCUGCCAGCAGAGUAGCAGACUGCUGAGACCAGACUUUCGGAACAACAAUGGAUCUUAGUUUUUUGUGGGGGUCAAUGGGUGUCGUUUGAAUAGAUAUUUGUGGGUCAGUGGGUUUACAAGAGCAAAUCAUUGCAAUAUCCUGUAUUUCCCUCCGCUACCAAAUGCUGUAUUUUUGGAGCCCUUUUUUCCAGACAUUUUGUCAUGGUGCCAUAUUUUUCUUGCUUUUACUUCUAAAGAAUUUAAAAAGGUUCUUUUCAGAUUUGGUCUUUGACAGAAGUACCCCUCAAUAUAUAUACAUUUUUGCCACAUCAGUGUCUCAAAAUUAAGGAUUGCCUUGAAAUAUGAGGUGGGUGAAUAUUACCAAGGGUGGAUUGUGUAAUAAUAGGAAGCUCGAUGUUGGGGUUAUUUGGGAGGGGUGUUUAUGUGGAGAGACUUAGGCCUAUGUCCAAUUAAACUGUAAAGCACUUUGUCCAUAAUUCUGAGUAGCAAAAUUAAGAAGGUGUUACUUUUUUAUCUACAAGUUUUUCAUUAAUUUUAGUGACUACAGAAGUCAGUGUCAUGUAAAUGAAAGCAAAGUAAGGCUAUUUUAAUAUCAUUACUCAAAGUUCAGGACAGACUGAAUUGCAGUUGGAUUGAAUCUGGGCUUUAAUAGCAGAAACCAGGUGUUGCUAUAGGUUCUGUUUGUUUUUUUUGUUGUGAUUGCACCUUAAUGAGCCAGUUCAGGAGCAGAGCUUGUGUGUGUUGUCUGGUGCUGUGGACAGCCCAGGUCAGGGCUGUACACAGGUGUG